ACAUUCUAUUCGGAUCUUCAUAGUUUGAGACGCUUCGAGUGUGUUCUCAAUGGUAGUUUUUUUGUUGUUGUUGAAGAUACACAAUUUCGAUUUCAGAGCCUCUUGAAACUUUAUUUCUUAUCUGGGUCAAUCUCGAAAGUUUGAGAUUCUAAUCUUAGUGUGUCGUUUCUCUGCAUCUGCAAAAGUUUGAAACUUUGAAUCUUUAACUGUCUUAGCGUUUGCGAUUCAACUUAUUGUUGGUCGAUUACUAUUUGCGUUAUUGCUUCUGUGAUGGGAAUCUUCCCUUUUGGGACAGAAUGAUUCUCUUUUCCCGUUUAAAGUAUUCCUCGUUUCAUGUCCAUAUAAUAAGGCUUUCUGUUCCUCAAAACCAGGUCUCUCUCUCUCUUUUUGGGAUUUUUCAUCGGAAUUAAGGCUUACACAAGUGUGUUCCGACUAGAUUUUGGAGUGAGAAUUAACUUUGGGUUUUAAGCACUCGUUGGUCCUCUUCCUCUCGAAUCAUGGAGGACACUGGUGUGACACUUGACAAUGGUGAAGCCUUUCAAAUAUCUAGAUAUCAUAACUAUAACCAUCACAGCUCCAGAAUCUCAUCUCCCUGGUUGGAUUUGAGAGUUUUUUACGUCAGGAUAAGCAAUUUCACUGUGGAUGAUUCGACCCCUGAAGUCCUCACCAUCAAUCACAUUCCUCUGGAUCCAGAUACGCUUUUGGAGAUAAACGGUGUUAGGAUGAGCAUGUACUCGGAAGGGUGUUCUUCACAGCUCAGGAGGGACCGGGUUGAUAAGAAAUCCGAAGAAGCUACUUAUGUCAGCACAGACAAUAUCAGGUUAACCGGUAGCAUAAAGUUUGAGGUUUAUGACAGAAACGAGCUUGUUCUGUCUGGAACUCUUGAGAUGUCUGACAGUAAAGGUUUCACUGGGGAAUCGAAUAAUCGAUGGAACAUGGAUUGUGAGGCUGUAAACACUGCAGGGUCUGGUUUCUUUAAGGAGAAGAGCAUUAACGGUCAAGAGUUGUCGUCACCAUUGCCAACUAUCGAGGUUUAUGUCACUGGUUGCUUCUCAGGAACACCUAUCAUCUUAACCAAGACUCUGCAGCUUGGUUUGAGAAAGAAACACGGUAGAAGAAUGGCAUUGGACUCAAUUCCUGAGUAUGAAACGGCAGAGCCUCGGAAAAACAACCCCUCGGAGCUUGAUUUUCAGGCAGAAGAAUACGCAAAUUACAAAGAGGAAUACGAAGGAGACAUGUAUUGGAGAAGUGAAUGCAUAGAUGGAGAGAUGUCAUGGUUCAAUGCAGGUGUAAGGGUUGGUGUUGGGAUAGGACUUGGUGUCUGCGUUGGUCUUGGGAUUGGUGUCGGUCUUCUCGUUCGUACUUAUCAAUCAACGACCAGAAACUUCAGGAGGAGGCUUCUCUAGUUUAAUAUAUACAUUUUCACUUUUCUUUAGUUCUUUACCUUGAAAUUUUGAGAGAAUCCUCUUUUUUGACCAUUUGUAUUUUGGGUGUGAUGUGAAUCAAACAAUUUGGUGUGGGUUUGUUGGUAUCUGUUUUACUGUAAAUAAACGAGUGAGAGAGUGUAGUCCUUUUUUUGGUAUUCAGAAUUUGAUUGAUAGAAA